UCUCUCCAGGGGCGCUCGCUCGGCUCGGCGCGGGAUCACUGUGGGCUCCGCGCGGCCAUGGAGGCGGACGGGAGCCAGGCUACCUCGGGGAGCCCCGGCGACGCGCAGCACGACCCCGGCAAGAUGUUCAUCGGCGGCCUCAGCUGGCAGACCUCACCAGACAGCCUUAGAGACUAUUUCAGCAAAUUCGGAGAAAUCAGAGAGUGUAUGGUCAUGAGGGACCCCACCACGAAGCGCUCCAGAGGCUUCGGGUUCGUCACCUUCGCCGACCCGGCCAGCGUGGACAAGGUGCUGGCGCAGCCCCACCACGAGCUGGACUCCAAGACGAUUGACCCUAAAGUUGCAUUUCCCCGACGAGCACAGCCUAAGAUGGUCACAAGAACAAAGAAGAUAUUUGUAGGUGGAUUAUCGGCUAAUACAGUAGUGGAAGACGUAAAGCAAUACUUUGAACAAUUUGGCAAGGUAGAGGACGCCAUGCUUAUGUUUGACAAGACGACCAACAGGCAUAGAGGGUUUGGCUUCGUAACUUUUGAAAAUGAAGACGUGGUGGAAAAAGUCUGUGAAAUUCAUUUCCACGAAAUCAAUAAUAAAAUGGUAGAAUGUAAGAAAGCACAACCUAAAGAAGUGAUGUUUCCACCAGGGACGAGAGGAAGGGCACGUGGAUUACCCUAUACCAUGGACGCUUUUAUGCUAGGGAUGGGAAUGUUGGGUUACCCGAAUUUUGUUGCAACGUAUGGUCGAGGAUAUCCUGGAUUUGCCCCAAGUUACAGCUAUCAAUUCCCAGGUUUCCCGGCAGCGGCUUACGGACCAGUAGCGGCGGCGGCCGUGGCGGCAGCGAGAGGAUCAGGUUGUGUUUUACGUGCAAACAGACCUGUCUUGAAUAGCUACAGUGCUCAACCGAAUUUUGGCGCACCCGCUUCCCCGGCAGGCUCCACCGCAGCGCGGCCCGGAGGCUUCCCCGGCGCCAACAGCCCGGGGCCCGUGGCGGACCUCUACGGCACGGCCAGCCAGGACUCCGGCGUGGGCAACUACAUAAGCGCGGCCAGCCCGCAGCCCGGCUCCGGCUUCGGCCACGGCAUCGCGGGGCCUUUGAUUGCAACGGCUUUUACAAAUGGAUACCAUUGAAACGUUACACAUGGGUGGUUGCCAUCUCACUUGGAGAGUCUGUCGGGAUGUCCGGGCAAGGCUGGGCGCAGCUUCUGAGCGGCGCCGCGGCGGGGCGACGCCGUCGGACCUGGAGCACCAACCUCGUCAUCCCCGACCACGCGCGCUGGAGGUGGCACUCUGCGGACUUAGGUUGUUCAAAACGAAAAAAAAUUCUCUCUCAUCAUCUCAUGAAUCUGCUGUACUAUAAAAACAACAGCUUUUAAAGUAUGUAUAUA